UCUGACAACUCUUUCGAAGGACGAAGACGACGACCUAGUCGUGGUGGCAUGAACAUAAGCUAGCUAGACGCUGUGACCUGGAGGGACUACACGUUGGUUCUGUGCCCAAAAGCCUCGGAAAGAUGGGGGAAAGUGAGAUUUCGGUGAUGUCUUCUGUGGUAUCGGAGGAAGCGUCUUCUGUUUCUACUAGACAAACAGAGGAAGAUGCAGGCGAUGACACCACGGAGAAUGAGGUUUACUAUACCUCGGCACCCGAUGGGAGGAUCCGUCAGUCGACGCCGUCCUCUGCAGAUGGAGCAACACCAUUUGGCACUGCGACACCACCAGUAGUUACGACGACAACGAAAGUGACACGAAAGCCUCUACAAUGGAGACCGUUGGUAUGCAGUUAUAAGCUGUCCAUGAAAAUAGGGUACCCUUUUCCUCCCGAUGGGCUUUGCGACUACCUUUUUCAUACGUUUGGCGUGUUACCCGAGGGCUUGAACUACAAAGAAGAUUACCAUGUUCUUGACGAGGACAAGGCCCUACUGGAUCAAUUUAAAAAGGCCGCCGCCAAGUCCAAGUUAACUUCGUUUGGCAUUGAUAUAUACGACCAUUACGACAACAUGACUGGUCUUGCAUUAAGCACAAAUGAGGGAAAGGAUCUGCUGAGAGGACUCUGGGACUCCAAAAUUGUACAUUACGCCAUUUUGGAUUUCAUAAUCUACAGUGCAGGUGAAGAGUUCGCCCAUAAUAUCGUCAAGCUGGCAAAGAUAUUGAUCGGCCUAGGAGACGAAUACGAGAGCCUUCAUGAGUCAGAAAGCAGCUUCUUUUUCCUGGGCGUUGCACCAUUCGCUCUUGCAUUCCAAGGCGAACUGGAUUAUUCGAUGGAUCCUCUCAAUUAUGUUUUGAGCAAUCUUGUUCCGGACGCGGUACUGUACCGGUCCACUCGGACAGACUACGAGAAGUUUGAGCAUUACGACUGUGUUUUUGCUUCACCGUCAAUGUGGUCUAGGCUUGGAGAAGGGAACUCACAGAUGUCAUUUGAAGGGGCAUUAUUGCUGCGUCGUCUGAGCACCUGGCCCUCCAGUGUCGUACAAAUGAUGUCUUUCUCUCCAGCGAUGGCCUACAUCGAGGAUGACCUCGAGUUCAAGUAUGCUGAGACAUGCGCUGAAUAUGGUCUAAAACCAGCCUCUUUCGGCUUCACCACCAUACCACAAGGCCAUCAAAGCGACACAUCAAGCACGAGGAAUUUGGUUAGAAAUACAAUGAAAGCCAGCAAAUGUGAUCCGCAGAAUUUAGCUCGCACGGCUCCAUGGAAGACGUCACCAGACGGAAUGGACGUCUUCCGCUUAGGGUCAGAAGGCGAAGAAAACCAGACGUUCGUUGGAUAUGAUUCUCCAGAAUCUAUGAAGAGAAAGAUGUGCAACCUCACCGUGGAGCACAACUUCACUGGCGGAUGGACCAUGUUGCACAUGGAAUUCUCUGUCGUAGACGGAAAAGGCUGUGGUGACCUCAAGUAUACAGGGAACUACCAGACAGUUCAACUGUUACGUGACCUCAUGAAACUCAACUUUACCUCCGGUGACUGCACUUGAGAGUCAUACCAACUAAUUUACUUACUGUAAAUGAGAGCAAACUGAGGUCGAUUCACUGAACUGUGCGCAGCUGUAUAGUACUUAUGUACACUAAUCAUCGUCUUCACCAUGUACUAAAAUAAAUGUAUCUGUCUUC